AUGUUCUAUGAUCAAAAGAAGGCUGCAGUUGAGAUUAUUCUUGGAGAUUUUGACGGAGAUGUGGUGCUGGCAGCUAGCAAGAUGGAAGAUGACGUAGUAGAUCCACCAACUUUUGAAAUCCUUACCAUGUUUAGAGGGCUACAACUAUGUGCAAAUAUGGGAAUACAAAACAUUAUUCUGGAAAAUGACUGUUUGCAUAUGGUAUUUGAGGUGCAACACUGUUCUACUGCUUUUGUUUCUCAACGUGUUCCAAUUCAGGAGACUAGAAGACUAAUGCAGAUGUUUCCGACUUGUACAACUCAUCAUGUCGACAGGCUUGGGAAUGAGGUUGCUUAUAGACUAGCUAGAGAUGCUAGGAAUGUUGAAGACAUCGAGAUGUGGUUAGAGGGUGUUCCUACUCAUAUUUCUCAAGCUAUUUACUUGAUAAACACUCUUUGUAAUGUCUUUGGUUUGAUUUAA